AUGGAUGCAAUCGCCGAUGUUGUGACCAUGGCUUUUGUGGAACCUACAAUACUUGCUCUUGUCGGUUCUAGGCUUGGAGGGCGCCUGGAGAGGAAAGUAAACGGAAAAGAGACUUUCUCUUCUUCAAUUACCUUCGAACCCCACAUCAUUCAUUUACCAUCAAUUGCCAAUCACCUUGCUUCCACACAUCUCACUAUCCUUCCAAUUCCAUUAUCCAAACGCCAUCCGUCUGCUAUCCCACACGCUGAACCACACAUCUCACCUUCCAAACAUCCGCCCAAGUACACUUAUACCACCCUGCUCCCUCCGUUUCAUGCUUCUUAUCAUCCGCAAGCCAAACUCCCAGCUACCUCCGUCACAAAACCUCCAUCCAGUCAACUUCCUUCGAUCCACCACAUACUCCCUCCGACCAUCCCUACAUCUGAUUUGACAACCUCUCUCGAUUUCAUCCAGGUUCAUCAUCUUCAAGUGUAG